AUGAUGGGUUUCUUGGUGAUAUUGAAAGACAUCUCUACACGGGGUAAGAGAGUGCAUAGAGAAGGAAUUAUCAGUUGUAUAAACACUUUUCAGAUCAUCACCACUAUGGUUUUCUGUUUCUUGAUCGCAUUAUGCAUAAUCGUUCUUGGUCUCUUCAUCAGUGAUCGUAUGAAAAAGUUUUUGUUAUCUCGCGAGGACUAUUUUUACAUUCUCCCUGAUCAGAAUACCAGUAUAAUGAGUCUCAGUGAUGAUCGUAAACUCUCUUCAUUUUCUUCCUCUUCUUCGAGAUUCGAAGAUUGGGUAGCUCCUCCAAAGGACCUAUGGCAUUCAAUGAGCGAUGACGAGUUGAUGUGGAGGGCGUCUAUGGCUCCCAAUGUUGAAGAAUAUCCAUACAAUAGAACACCUAAGGUGGCAUUUAUGUUCUUGGCUAGAGGGAGAUUGCCUCUUGGUCCACUUUGGGAGAGAUUCUUCAAGGGACAUGAUCCAACACUAUACUCUAUUUACUUGCAUUGCUCACCUGAUUUCACUGAGGAACCACCGGAAUCCUCGGUUUUCUAUAAACGGAGGAUACCCAGCAAGGUUGUUGAAUGGGGAAAGGCAUCAAUGAUCGACGCAGAGAGACGACUUCUAGCAAAUGCUUUACUCGAUUUUUCUAACGAAAGGUUCGUGUUGUUGUCUGAAACAUGCAUCCCAUUGUUCGACUUCCUGACAAUCUAUAAAUUCCUUGUCAGUUCAAAAUACAGUUUUAUUAGUUCAUUUGAUGAUCCAAGACCUAUCGGCCGUGGUAGAUAUAAUAAACGAAUGUGGCCUACGUUAUCGAUUUCAGACUGGAGAAAGGGUUCUCAAUGGUUUGAAACUCAGAGAAAGAUUGCAGUUGGUUUAAUAUCGGAUCGGAAGUACUACCCGGUGUUUGUAACCCAUUGCAAACCGCCUUGCUAUAUGGAUGAACAUUACAUGGCAACACUUGUGAACAAGCAAAAUCCAGAAAUGAAUUCGAAUACAAGUAUUACUUGGGUUGAUUGGACUACUGGUGGUUCACAUCCGAAGACGUUCUUAAGAAGGGAUAUUUCAGAAACGUUUCUGAAUCAGAUAAGAUAUGACUCUGUCAACUGCAGUUAUACUGGGAACAAUUCUAGAUCGUACUCGUAUUGUUUUCUUUUUGCAAGAAAAUUCCAUCCGAGUACUUUAGAGCCUCUACUUAGGAUAACUCCCAAAUUAUUUGGUCUUGAUCCUAAAGAGUAUACCAAGUUAUAG